AUGGGGGCUGUUCCACCACAAUGUGAACAUGUCCGAUCGGAAGAGGAGCCCGGUACGAUGGCCCCAGUAACGUAUCUAUUGACCCGACUAGUUGAUGUUGGAUCUCCCUCUCUACUCACAAUUUCUCAAACUCAAGAUAAAAAAGGAAAAUUCAAAAUGGCAAUCCAACGAUCACAACAAAAGGUUCCAACUCUCAUCUUCUUUGUCAACGACGAGUCUUCCCGCAGCCUCGCAUCCCUGGACUCCUCCUCGCCUUCACAAAUUGAUGUUGCACCGACAAUGCCAAAGCGCAAGUCAGGACGAUCAUCCUUUUCUUCCACAUCGUCGCACUCAAAAUGUGAUGCACCUCCAACCAUGCCCCAACGAAGAUAUGACUAG